UCUGUCAUGUCUCCUCCGGGCGCGGGGUGCUAAGUGACACACUGGCGGGGUGGGGAGAGCCAGAGGUGCGGGGAGGGACCGGGAGAUGGGUGUUUGGUGAGCUCUUCCUUUCUCUCCCCCCUUCUUCCCACCCCUUCCCCCUUCUCGCUCUCUGUCUCUCAAGGACGAGGUGAAAUCCCUUGGCUGGUCAUGAGGCGGCUUCAGAGACAAACAACACAAUGCGAGUGCAAAUAACAAAAGGAAAAAAAAAAAAAAAAAGAAAAGGAGAGGGAGAGGGAGACCGGGAACAAUGGGGGAGGAGAGGCUCGCCGCGCCGCGCCGCGCCUGGCCGCCGCCGGCACCCCGGCAGGCAGCAGGAGGAGGAGGAGGAGGCGGAGGAGGAAGGCGAUACGGUGACGGCGGGGAGGGGGCAGCGCGGGGAGUCCCCCCGGCACGGCGGGGCUGCCUCAGACCAUCCCCGACCUCCGCCCCGCCGCGCCCCGGGGCGGCCCUGCGUGCGGCCACCGCCAGCAGUUUUCAUGAACAUUGCAGGGACUUAGCGACUUUGAAAACACUGCCUUUCUUGAUGAUGAGCACAAAAGUUUCUGGGGAAGGAUGGGCAAACAGAGAUCAAUUACCAGCUAUCCUGUCAGGAUUAGCCUGUUCAAAAGGAGGUCCAACCAGCAGAAUGUGGAGCUGCUGUGUGACACAGGAGUGCAACUGCCCGGUUAUUGAUUUCAUCUCACCCAAAAACCUGCCUGGCCUCAGACAGGUAACUGCAAACGAGCACCUGCCAGACCCCAAGCCAGUGUACAUCAAAAAGGGAGCCAGAGGAAGAGAGCCACACUUUCAGGGAGAAGUUCCAGUGCCUGAGGAAAGAGAGAAAGGAAGUUGCCCAAGCCUUUGUUUUCCUGCCAUGGACCAGCACCAGGGUCUGGGAAAAUACUGCUGUGAAGAAAAGAAGUCCUCUUCUUGCAUUAUGGGAAAAAUGGGAAAUCCCAGAGAUAUUUUUUGGUAUAUAGGUAAGAUUUAUCUCCACUGCCUGAAAAUUUUGGUUUCCUUUUGUUGUAAAUCUACAGUUACAUGA